GGAAAGUCAAACGACGUUACCAUCAUCAUAAAACGACAAUCGCGGAGGCGGCGUCGGCGAUAAAGGUUGCGAGGGCAAUGCGUAAUGACCAUACUGAAACGCUUCCGUGUCCCUUCGGGGAGUUGGCGACGGAUUUAUCGGACUCGGAGCUCCGUGAGACGGCUUACGAGAUUCUGGUUGGAGCAUGUCUGAGUUGCGGCGGUAAAAAGUCGAAUAAUAACGUAACAAAAUCGGAGAAAGGGGCUUCGACAUCACACACGUCAUUGACGUCCAGGGCGGCAAGUAAGAUGAAGAAGGCUUUAGGAUUGCGAUCUCGGAGGAAGUCGAGUGGUAACAAGCACGGCAAGGACCGAGUCAAAAAGGCGAGUUCGAUUGAGGAGACGUUGCGAGUUCAAUUGCGUGUUUCAGAGCAAACGGAUUCCAUAGUUAGAAAAGCUCUCUCGAAAUUUGCUGCUAAUCAGACGAUAGAGUCCUUGGUUUUACCACUCGAGAUGCUGCAGCAACUCCAGCCUUCGGAUUUCCCGAACCAAGAAGAAUACGAAGCUUGGCAGAGGAGAAAUUUGAAGCUCCUCGAAGCCGGACUCCUCUUGCAUCCUCUAAUACCAUUAAACAACAAAGACACUGCGCCACAGCAGCUAAGAAAGGUCAUCGACGGGGUAUCAGAGAACCCUUUCAACACCGUAACAAUCAACGAAUUGAUGCAAGCCCUUCGGAGCAUCGUAACAUCGCUCGCUUGUAGAUCACGCGACGACGGGUCAAUUUCUGAUAAUAGUAACUGGGCAAAUGGUUUCCCUUUGAACCUCAAAAUCUACAAAAUGCUGCUCGAAGCAUGUUUUGAUCAAAAUGACGAGACAUCAGUGGUUGAAGAGCUAGACGAAGUCCUAGAGCUCAUAAAGAAGACAUGGUUGGUCCUGGGAUUGAACCAGACGCUUCACAAUCUUAGCUUCCUGUGGAUAUUGUUUAACCGUUACACGUCGACGGAGCAUGCCGAAGGCGACCUGUUGAACGCAGCCGAUAAAAUGUUAGUGAGAGUCGAAAACGAUGCCAAGGCAUUGAAAGGAGAUGCCAAUUAUGCCAAGAUGUUGAGUUCUACUUUGAGUGCGAUCUCAGGUUGGGCUGAGAAAAGGCUUGUUGUUUACCACAGUUGUUUUCGUAGAGAUAACACUGAGUCGAUGGCAUGUGUUGUUUCCAUGGCGGUUCUAUCGGCAAAGAUAAUGGCAGAAGAAGAUGGUGUUGAAGGAAACGGAAACGAUGUGGGAUAUGAGAGAGUUGAUGGAUACAUAAAGUCAUCAUUGUGUGCUGCUUUUUCCCAGGCAAGUUCCCAAUAUUUGAGCUUAAUCUUUUAUUUUGUCCCUGUAUAUGAAUGAGCA